GUAAAUGACAUUUAUGUUGAUCAAUGUUGAUAAAGUGACAAAUAAAUAUUGUUUAUUAUUAAUUAAUAAAUAGAAAUAAAAAUGAUUCCUGGUUUUUUUGAUUUGUGUAUUGAUUUAAAAUACACAAGUAAUGAAAAUCUUCGUCAAAUUUUAACGACAUUAUAUGAAAUGGGAUAUAGAAAUGUGGCAAUAAAUCAAAAUUUAGAUGAAUCAGUAUUAGAUACAGAUAAAAAAAAGAAAAAAAAAACUGAUGAUGAAGCAACAAAAGUUGCUAUUGUACCACUUGAUCUUGAUAAAAUAAAACAAGAAUUUAAAGAUAAAUUAUUUAUCAUGAGAAGAUUAACAUUUGGAUUUUCUGAAUCAACUAAAACACAUAUACUUGAACAACAAAAUUUAUCUAAAAAAUUUGAUAUAUACAGUGUUUUACCUAAAAAUCAAACAGCUUUACAAUUUGCAUGUUCACAAUUAUCUGUUGAUAUUAUUACAUUUGAUACAUCAAUAAAACCAUUAAAAUUUACAAGAAAAUUAUAUCUACAAGCUGUUGAAAGAGGAAUACAUUUUGAAAUUAAAUAUUCAGAUGUUAUUUCAUCACAAAAAAGAUCAAAUGCUUUUCAUUAUUCACAUUUGUUUCAUAUUUAUGGAAAAAGCAAAAAUGUAUUUAUCUCUAGUGGAGCUCAAGAAUAUUCAGCAAUUAGAAAUCCAUAUGAUAUAAUUAAUCUAGCUGCACUGUUUGGUCUCAAUGAAGUUAAGGCAAAAGCAGCAAUUUUAUCUCAAUGCAAACACCUCACAAAUAGAGCUGUUGGUCGACGUUAUGGAAAAUGUAUAUUUACAAUUAAAGUUCAUGGCAAACAUGACGAGCCUGAUGAUAAAAUUAAAACUGAAAAAAGUGACACACCAACAGCAAAAAGAAUAAAACUUUCUUGA